GUACAUACUGUGACCUAUCCUCCCUCAUUGCAGCGAUGAACCGAUAAGAGAUGCGAGCGAGGGUGACUGUAGCAAAUACCGAUGGAUAGAACUGAGAAUACACAGAACAUGUUAAUUUAGAAUUCCUCAUGUUUUGUAGUUUAACGUACAUAGGAAUUAAAAUAAAACCUGUCCGUUCAAAGAGGGGAUUGUACGAAACAGAAGGGUUUGUGUGACGUUAGAUGACUAGCUAACGUUGGGCAACUGCAAUCAAAUCAGUUUUACUGAUUUUAUAACCGACGUCGCCGAUAUUACGAAGUGCGCGUAUCGUCAUCCAACCCGGUCUUCCUCAUUGACGCAGUCCGAAGAGUGUACUGGUUCGGAGAAUGCUAAAGAAUGAGUCAAAGGGAUACCCUGGUUCAUUUGUUUGCCGGAGGGUGUGGGGGAACAGUGGGUGCUAUUCUGACUUGUCCACUGGAAGUGGUAAAGACCAGACUACAGUCCUCUCAUGUCACCUUCUACAUCUCUGAGGUGCAGCUCAGCACCGUCAACGGGGCCAGUGUGGCCCGCAUGGCCCCCCCGGGACCCCUCCACUGCCUCAAGUUGAUACUGGAGAAGGAGGGACCGCGCUCGCUGUUCAGAGGCCUUGGGCCCAACCUGGUGGGUGUGGCUCCUUCCAGAGCCAUCUACUUUGCAUCCUACUCCACUGCCAAAGAGAAGCUGAACGGCGUGUUUGAGCCCGACUCUACGCAGGUCCAUAUGGUGUCUGCAGGCCUAGCAGGGUUCACUGCUAUCACGGCGACCAAUCCCAUCUGGUUGAUCAAGACCCGGUUGCAGCUGGAUGCCAGGAACCGUGGCGAGAGGCGCAUGAAUGCGUUUGAGUGUGUGCGGCGGGUCUACCAGGCGGAGGGCUGGCGGGGCUUCUAUCGGGGCAUGUCUGCCUCGUAUGCCGGCAUCUCCGAGACGGUCAUCCAUUUUGUCAUCUAUGAGAGCAUCAAGCGCAAGCUGAUGGAGUCCAGGGCCCAGGCCAGCAUGGAUCAGGACGAGGACGAGUCGGUGAGGGAUGCCUCAGACUUUGUGGGCAUGAUGCUGGCCGCCGCCACCUCCAAGACCUGUGCCACCUCUCUCGCCUACCCCCACGAGGUGAUCCGCACCCGGCUACGAGAGGAGGGCAGCAAGUACCGCUCCUUCUUCCAGACAUUACUGACAGUACCUAAGGAGGAGGGCUACCGCGCCCUGUACCGUGGUCUCACCACCCAUCUGGUCCGCCAGAUCCCCAACACCGCCAUCAUGAUGUCCACCUACGAGAUGGUGGUCUACAUGCUACAACGCUAGCCCCUCCCCUUCCUGUCUGGAGAGAAAGUAGGAAGUGACUGACUUGGUUGGGCAUAUCUAAGAUGGAGACCAAAGGAAAACUGA